AUGCGAAAUCUAGGAGGAAAUGUUGAUAAGCAGGAUAUCUGCCUGAUUUUAAAUGUUUCCCUCGCUCCGGGCCGGGGCCGCCGGCCGGGGUGCUCUAGGUGCGGCGCGGAAACCCCUUGCACCCGUGCGAACACGGCGCUGCAAGCGGUGCGGAGCGUAAGGAAGCGGCCUGCAGCCCGCGCGCCCUGCUCACCGCGGCCCUGGGGACCGCGGGCGGGUACCGUCCGGGCGCUGCCCACCGGCCCUGCGCUGCUGUCGGUGAGGAAAUUCACAGAAAAACACGAAUGGGUAACAACAGAAGACGGUGUGGGAGCAGUGGGAAUCAGCAAUUUUGCACAGGAAGCGUUGGGAGAUGUUGUGUACUGCAGUCUGCCUGAAGUUGGGACAAAGUUGAACAAACAAGAGGAGUUUGGUGCUUUGGAAAGUGUGAAAGCCGCUAGUGAACUCUAUUCCCCUCUCUCAGGAGAAGUAACUGAAAUUAAUCAAGCUCUAGCAGAAAAUCCAGGACUUGUCAACAAGUCUUGUUAUGAAGAUGGUUGGCUGAUCAAGAUGACAUUCAGUAACCCUUCAGAACUAGAUGAACUAAUGAGUGAAGAAGCAUAUGAAAAAUACAUAAAAUCUAUUGAGGAAUGAAAAUGGAACCCCUAAAUAAACUACUUUGAAACAACUUAAUCUAGCAUAGUUGUCUUAAAUUAGUGGUGGAUAGAUAUUUAAAAAGCAACUUUUAGCAAAAGAAACUACUUGUAACAAUGUUUCCUGAAGAAAAUACCCCUUAACUUUCUAAUGCCUUCAGAUAAACACUGUAUCUUUUCCACAGCAUCCUGUGAUUUUUAGGCUAGGCUCCAGUUAUACUAUUCAGAAUUCCUGAAAUUAUCUCUGAUAAAACUAAUUACAAAAAUUAUGUAAUUCAAGGAUAACAUGGUUAUCUUAUACCUUAUAUGACAUUGUAACUUGCUUACAGCUAUCCUUGGAUUUGGGUCAAAAUGAUCUUCCCACUAGAAAUAACUGGCAGUGGAGAAAAGUUUGUUAGUUGUAUAGUGUCCAGUGAAGAAUAUUACUGUCUUAACUUUGCAAUAUACUGUGUUUGCUGGUGCUAUUUUUAUACAGUGAAGCAACAGCCUUGCAGGAGAAUAAACAAUUUAAUAAUAAAAUA